UGAGUCCUGUCGGAGUUUGGGCGCUGUGGCUCCGUGCUUUCGUGGAUUUAUACAGAGAAGCACAAACAGCGGAUUGUUUGACUCACACAACUGCCUAGAGGGAGACAGAAGAGAAGCGGCGAUUCCAUAACGAGCCGCCGGGCGUGGGAGCAGGAUGGUCCCGGAGGAGGGUUUCGGGGUGCCGGACAAGUGCUGUCGCACCCCCCGAGCGGCGAGGAGGCCAAAGCGAGACGAGGAGAGCAGUAAUGAUAGAGCCGGGCUACUGGGGGAGCCGAGCAUCCCUAUCCGGAGCCAGCCCUUCAGCAGCGCCUACAGCAUCUCCCCGGGGCAUGAGCUGGGCAGAGGCAAAUUUGCAGUGGUAAGAAAAUGUGUGGAAAAGGAGACUGGCAAAGAAUUUGCAGCAAAAUUUAUGAGAAAACGAAGAAAGGGCCAGGACUGUCGUAUGGAAAUCAUUCAUGAAAUUGCUGUUUUGGAGUUGGCUAGGGGCAGCCCUUGGGUUAUCAAACUGCAUGAAGUCUACGAGACUGCCACUGAAAUGAUCCUAGUGCUGGAAUAUGCUGCUGGCGGUGAGAUAUUCAACCAGUGUGUAGCAGAAAGGGAAGAGGCCUUCAAAGAGAAAGAUGUCCGGAGGCUGAUGAGGCAGAUAUUAAAAGGAGUCGCCUUUCUGCACCGGCACAAUGUAGUUCAUCUAGACUUGAAGCCCCAGAAUGUUCUCCUGACGAGUGCUUGUCCUCUUGGGGACAUAAAGGUAGUGGACUUUGGCUUGUCAAGAAUAUUAAAUAACAAUGAGGAGCUAAGAGAAAUUAUGGGGACCCCAGAAUAUGUUGCUCCUGAAAUUCUAAGUUAUGAGCCCAUCAGCACUGCAACAGACAUGUGGAGUGUUGGUGUCCUGGCAUAUGUCAUGCUAACAGGCACCUCCCCUUUCUUGGGAGAUGACAAACAACAAACCUUCCUAAAUAUUUCCCAGCUGAAUGUAACUUACAGUAGUGAGGAAUUUGAUGGUAUUUCUGAUUCUGCCAUUGAUUUCAUCAAAGCACUUCUCAUUCGCAAGCCUGAAGCUCGUUCUUCAGCUGUUGACUGUCUCCAACAUCCAUGGCUAGCCCAAGGGGACCUUCCUGAUCCCUAUGCUAGUGCUAUGAGCUCUGUGCAAGAAAGCAACCAUGUCACACAGGAAGAGGAGAAUGCAGAGGAUGAACUAACUCAGGCAAUGUCUCCAGAGCCGGUCACAUCCAUUCCAGAGGCAGAAGGACAGACUGUAGCAGAAGAACUGAUUGUAAUGGCAUCUUAUACAUUGGGACAGUGCCGGCAGACUGAAUUAGAGAAGCAAUCUGAAUCUAAGGCCACUACCAAACGCUUUAAGUUUGAGGAGCCUAUAAUGCAAGAGAUAACAGGAGACUUCAUCUUCUAACAUUUGGCCAUUUUAGUUACAUGAGAUUUAUGUUUCAUUUAAGCCUCUUGAUGAACCUGGAUCAAAAAGGCACUGUUGACCAGAGCGACUGGUUGUCAUGCAAAAUGAAUGCCAUUCAACAGUGCCACGUUAUUCCCAUUCAACAUGACACCACCAUCUCACCUCUAGUUUGGUGCCUUACCAUAAAGAAACAAUUUGUCCAUGUUUUGUGGUUCCCUGGUGCCGGUCACUGGAAAGUUCCCUGGCGGGCAUCACAAUAAACAGGAAAUGGUCAGUUCAGUGCGCUGGUGGUGGAACUUGCAAGUCCACUGUAACUAAACGGUGCAACUUAUGAAAUGAUUGAAGAGUUUAUUUAGCAGUCUGAUGCCAAUCUGGAUGUUUAAAAGCCAUACAGUCUUGCAGUUUAUUUCCAUUAAAAAUCUCAAGUGUAAUCUUUAUCUGUAAAAAUGGUAUUUGUGGGUAGUUGUAAAUAAACUAGAUGAAAAUGUGCAAGACUUGAUCACCAAUGCAGCUAAAAACUGAAAUUGAUAUAUGGAGAUAUUAAGUUAAUGCUAAAUCAUCCUUACUCUUUUAUACAGUUGCCAACGACAAAUGUGCCAACUAACCAUUUUCUCUCAAGCCAAUAAAUGUGGGGACAGGGAGGGUAAAAAUCACUGCACAGGCGAUUAUGUUGCCCCAUUGAAGAGCUGCUUUCUAGAAAAAAGUAUCUACCCUUGCUGUCUCUUGAGGUUUAAACUUGUUGGCAAGCUUUAAGAUGGCCAUAUACAGGCAAAUACUAUCUGUUGACUGGGCCACUCUAGACUAAGCCAGCAGCUUUUUGGCCUGUUUAUUGGGUAAGAUAUUGGCCAAAAUUGGCAGCAGGCCCCUUCACUAUCUGGCUGGGUAUUAAUAAGCUGUCUAUCAGCAAGUUCCUCUCUGCUUCCCAGAAAAAUAAGCUAUGCAUUCUGGCCUUGGGUUAUCUUUGGUGGCAGGUUUUAUGGUAUCCUUGCAUAGGCCAAUAUUAGCUGUUGACUAAGCCAUUCAAGAGUAAGGGGCCAAACUGGAGGGCGCCCUGACCAAUAGCUAUCUGGCCUGGAAUCGGGCAGAUAUCUUUCGAGGGUUAAAAAAAAAAAAAA